AAAUGAGUAAAUGACUUCUGUGUACGUUGCUGAACAACCUUUUCGGACAAGAAUUUCUAAAACAACACUGUUUUUGUAGGUGCCAACAAAUUCAGAAUUUGUAUGAAAAACUGCAGAUAUACAACUAACCUGUGAUUUAUAGCGGUCAUUUUGAAGACGAUGGUUAUCAAGCUUUUCUAAUAACCUUAAAGUGUAUUAAGCGUCUACUGACAGAACAUUACGUCGUCAUGGCGGAAAAGGAGGAUGAAGAAAGAACUGUACGUCAAAGUGAGAGACUGAUGAACGACCAAGUACAGGACAGUGCUGGAGGAUACGUGUGGAAAGUUGAUGAUUUCAACAGACUACGUAGGUUUCUAUGUUUGGGAGCGGAAGGAGGGUCAUACUACGUUGGGGAAAAAGAACUUGGCAAGGAGAAUGCACAAUGUAUUGAUCGGCUUAUAGAUAGUGGUAAAGGUGAGGAGGUCGUGAAAGAAAUCGUAACUUUUAGUGUUGAGGGCAGAACAGCGAAACAAAAUCCUGUGAUUUUCGCUUUAGCGAUGUGUGCAAGAAGCAACGAUAUUAAAACAAAGCAGGCGGCAUACAGUGCACUUUCUGAUGUUUGCCGCAUCCCCACACACCUGUUUAUGUUUGUGGAGCUAGCUGAGAAGCUGAGUCAGCUUACCCGUGGUACUGGAUGGGGGCGUGCUCAGCGGAGAGCAAUACGGAAAUGGUAUACUGAGAAAGACGCAUUAAAACUCGCCUUAUUAGUUACAAAGUACAAGCAAAGAAAUGGUUGGUCUCAUAGGGACUUGUUACGAUUGGCACAUAUCAAACCAGAGAAUGAUGAGAGUAUGUAUGCCCUACACUUAUCAACUCUUGAAUUUGUUACUACGACGUUGCAGAUAUGGAAAGCUCUACUGCAAGAGAUGCCUAUGACAGCGUUAUUGCGAAACCUCGGUAGAAUGACGUCUAUAGGAGUACUUAACGAACCCAGCGAUUUGAAUCUAGUUAUUGAAAAGUUGUCGAAUGAUGAGUUAUUGCACAAGUCUCGUAUUCACCCGUUCAAUGUAUUAUUAGCGCUGAGAACAUAUCUGCUGGGACGUGGGGAUAAAGGCAAGUUGACUUGGCUACCAAAGCCUGAUAUCGGCAACGUUCUAGAGCAAGCAUUCUAUAAAUCAUUUAAGAAUGUAGAAGCAACUGGUAAGCGUUAUUUGUUGGCCAUGGAUGUCAGUGGAUCUAUGUCUUACGGCAACGUGAAUGGUGCCAAAUCUAUCACGCCAGCUAUUGCGUCAGCCGCCAUGUUAAUGGUGACUGCUAAAACCGAAAAAGAUUGUCAUAUUUUGGCAUUCUCUGAUAAAUUGAUACCUGUGAAUAUCAGCGCUGAUUCCAAUUUAAAUGAUGUUUGCCAGCAGUUAUCCCAGAUUCAAAUGGGUGCUACUGACUGUGCUCAACCCAUGCUAUGGGCAAGAGAGACCAAGACACCAGUUGAUGUCUUUAUUAUCUAUACAGACAGUGAAACCUGGAUAGGUCCUGUACAUCCAGCACAGGCUUUACUGCAGUACCGCAAGGAUAUGUCACUCGAUUCCAAGCUAAUUGUAUGUGCAAUGGCGUCUAACGGCUUCACUAUAGCUGAUCCCAUGGAUGCGGGAAUGCUGGAUAUAGCUGGAUUCGACUCCGAAGCUCCAAAUGUUAUGCAGAAUUUUGCUCUUGGAUAUAUCUAGGAUAUAUCUCGUACAACUUUGGGAUAAUAUUUCCAUUCGAUCAGCAAUUAUUGGGAAGUCUUGAGCUUUUGCUGAAAUUGACAUUUGACCAUAUUUAACUAUACAUGUUUUUGUAUAGUAUGUCCUUUUUUUAAACCUAAACUACAGCGAAAUGUCACACCAUGACAUACUCACUUGUAUGGAUGAAGUACCCUUUGAAUGCCAAAAUUAUUUUCAUGUAACAUACACAUUGCCUAUUGGCUAUUGAUUGAAAUUGGAAUGCGGUUUAUUAUGUGAGAGGUGAAUUAAAGUUGACAUUGGCACUCAAAGGGUUAAAGCGCGGUGGUCGUCGCGCAGUGCGUAUUCAAAUUUCAUGUAAAUAAACAAUGUAUUUUACACGCGUUGUAUACGCCCUAUGAGUCCCAUAUCAAACAGAGCGCGGCACGGUGACUGCCGCCCUUUAAGCAGUAAUACCUCUUUUUAGCUAGCUAGAUUAGCAGGCUAAUCUGUAAUUUCGCUAAUUCAAGAUGUUGCUAAUUAAAAAUAAAGUAAAUU